UCAGACACUGGCUUGGACCAUCAGUCUCUCCUUAAACAGUUUGAGCACCUGAACCAUCAGAAUCCUGACAAGUUUGAACCUAGAGACUUGGAUAUGUUGAUCAAAGCAGCUACAAGUGACCUGGAAAACUAUGAUAAGACUCGUCAUGAAGAGUUUAAGAAAUAUGAGAUGAUGAAGGAACAUGAGAGGAGAGAGUAUUUAAAAACACUGGAUGAAGAAAAGAGGCAGCGAGAAGAAUCCAAAUUUGAGGAGAUGAAGAAAAAACAUGGAGAUCACCCUAAAGUUCACCAUCCUGGAAGCAAAGACCAACUGAAGGAGGUGUGGGAAGAAGCGGAUGGACUAGAUCCCAAUGAAUUUGACCCCAAAACAUUUUUCAAAUUACACGAUGUCAAUAAUGAUGGUUUCCUGGACGAGCAAGAAUUAGAAGCCCUAUUUACUAAAGAGCUAGAAAAAGUAUAUGAUCCCAAAAAUGAAGAAGAUGACAUGGUUGAAAUGGAAGAAGAAAGGCUGAGAAUGAGAGAACAUGUAAUGAAUGAGGUUGAUAUCAACAAGGAUCGGCUUGUGACUUUGGAAGAGUUCCUGAGAGCUACAGAGAAAAAAGAAUUUUUGGAGCCAGACAGCUGGGAGACAUUAGAUCAACAGCAGCUCUUCACUGAGGAGGAGCUGAAGGAAUUUGAUCAGGAAGAUGAACUUAGAAAGAAGGCAGAAGAUCUUCAGAAGCAGAAGGAAGAGCUACAGAGGCAGCAUGACCAGCUUCAGGCUCAGAAACAAGAGCUACAGCAGGUUGUAAAACAGAUGGAACAAAAGAAAUUACAGCAAGGAAAUCCUCCUGCGGGACCAGCUGGAGAACUCAAAUUCCAGCCCCCUGCAGAACACAAAGCUGGAGAUGCACCAAAACAUCCUGCAGGAGGUGAUCAGCCUUUACCACCAGGACAUGUCCAAGAACCAGCUGCAAGAAGUGAUCAAGUUCACCCUUAACCACUUGUGCCUCAACUUUAUAGCAUCUUUAUUACUGGGGGGGAGGGAGGGGGAUGGGAAUCAAGGUGAAACAUGAACUUCCCCAGAUUGUAAAAUCAUUGGGAAUGUUAGAGAUGAAGUACCAAUCAGAUUUGAAUCAUAAACUAAUUUUCUCUCCAAUGCAUCAGUGAGAAACACAACAAGGGUAUCAUUUAGAGGCUAUAAUGGAGGAGGGAAUUAAGGAAACUAUUAAUACUAAAGGUUCUUAUGGCCAGGGGACUGAGCUGUUGAACUCUUCUCUUACAAAAAGGAGGAGAUGUCUGCCAUUCUGUGUUUAGGCACAAAUCUGAAUCUUCUCAGAGGGGAAGUAGGGAACUGGCCUGAAUGUCACGUUAGAUCUAGUUUUAUGUAGAAACUCUUUCCAGAAAUGUUGAGAAGCAAAAUAUUUGGAAACAAAGACUAUAGAUCAAGGCCUACCAUUUCCAGCACUACCAAACCCUUACUUAUUUGAGACCAAAUAAAAAUCAAACUUCUAAUCCUUAAUCACAGAAAAUUUGCACUUUCUAAAAUCUAAACAUAGCAAAGAAUUAUGUGAAUAUUUUUCAUGUUUACAGAAGCCUAAGAAUUUCACUGUAAGCCUUCAAAAGGAAUACUGUACUUCUGGUGUAUUGGUCUGAACCGUCCUCCUUGUUGAGAUUAAUUCUGUGUGGCAGUUGAAUACUCAACUGGCUCUUGGGAUAGUACUCUUGUCCCUGUUUCUUUCAUCAGGUGCCAGCUGAUCUCAAAAUCUUGCAUGUUAUUAA